AUGUUCAACCUUCGGAGACUCGUCUCCGCCCUCCUGCUUGCCGGCGUGGCGCUGGCUUUCUUCGCCCAGACGGCCGAGGCCGGCAAGGGCCCCAAGAUCACCCACAAGGUCUACUUCGACAUCACCCACGGCGAUGAGCCCCUUGGUCGCGUUGUCAUGGGUCUGUACGGCAAGACCGUCCCCAAGACCGCUGAGAACUUCCGCGCUCUCGCCACCGGCGAGAAGGGCUUCGGCUACGAGGGAUCUACUUUCCACCGCGUUAUCAAGCAGUUCAUGAUCCAGGGUGGCGACUUCACCAAGGGCGACGGCACCGGUGGCAAGUCCAUCUACGGCGAGAAGUUCGCCGACGAGAACUUCAAGCUCAAGCACUCCAAGAAGGGUCUCCUGUCCAUGGCCAACGCCGGCAAGGACACCAACGGCUCCCAGUUCUUCAUCACUACCGUCAUCACCUCUUGGCUCGAUGGCCGCCACGUCGUCUUCGGCGAGGUCCUCGAGGGCUACGACAUCGUCGAGAAGAUCGAGCAGGCUGAGACCCAGCCUGGCGACCGCCCCGUCAAGACUAUCAAGAUUGCCAAGAGCGGAGAGCUGGAGGUUCCCCCUGAAGGCGAAUACGGCCAUAGCGAGUUUGCUUCAGGUUACUCCAACGAAGAUGCCCCCUUGGAGGUCGGUUCCGGCGAGGGCUGGUCCCUCCUCCAGAAGGCUUUCUUCCUUGGCGUCGUUGUUGCUCUCAUCGCUGUCUACAUGAAGGUCAGCAAGAACAGAGCCGCGAAGGAGGAUGUCGGCUACGAGAAGACGAUGGCUUAG